UGUUUGCUUUCUUCAAAGACUUUGACAUGUCCAUAGUAAGGCUGCUCCUGUCUUGUCUGUUGUUUAAAGAUACUCUUGCGCUAUCAGGAACCUUCUGGCACAUCACGGAUCAGCACUUGGACCCAACAUACAAGCUGACAGAUAAUCCUGAACUUGUGUGCGCAUCAAGUGGUAAACGUCCUGCAACCAAUGCUGGGGCAUUUGGAGACUUUGUUUGUGACUCACCAUGGCACCUUAUCAACUCGUCUGUGUAUGCCAUGAAGGAUAUUCUUCCAGACCCUGACUUCAUCGUAUGGACAGGAGAUGAUACACCACAUGUACCCAAUGAGGACCUGGGAAAAGAAGCAGUGCUCGAAAUUAUCAGCAACCUUACCCACAUCCUAAACCAGGUGUUUCCAAGUACUAAAGUGUAUUCCGCACUGGGUAACCAUGACUACCACCCAAAGAGCCAAUUUCCCGUAGGCCCAAACCAAAUGUAUGACCGAAUAGCAGAAAUGUGGAAGGACUGGCUGCAUCCAGAGUCCCAAAAUACAUUUAAAAAAGGUGGAUAUUAUACCGAAAAGCUUCUGCAACGAACAGGAUUUAGGAUGCUGGUCCUCAACACUAAUCUCUACUAUGACCAGAACAAAGUGACUGAGAACAUGGAAGACCCAGCGGACCAGUUUAGCUGGGCGGACCAAGUUCUUACAGAAGCUGCCACCAACAAAGAAAAGGUGUACAUCAUUGGCCACGUUCCCCCCGGUUUCUUUGAGAAGAAGAGAAGUAAGCCCUGGUUCACACCUAAAUUCAACAAACAGUACUUGGAUUUAAUUCAGAAACAUCAUUCGGUUAUACUUGGACAGUUCUUCGGCCAUCAUCACACUGAUAGCUUCAGGAUGUUCUACGACUCAGCGGGCUCUCCUGUCAGUACCAUGUUCCUCAGCCCCGGCGUCACGCCCUGGAAGACAACACUUCCUGGAGUGGUGGAUGGAGCCAAUAACCCUGGGAUUCGUGUCUUUGAAUAUGACACCCAAACACUCCUGGUCAAAGAUGUGGUGACCUACUACCUGAACCUGACUUAUGCUAAUGCUGCCGGGGGACGCUGGGAGAAGGAGUAUCGCUUUACAGAGAGCUUCAGAGUGCCAGACGCUUCACCGUCCUCCAUGCAUAAGGCUCUGGAGCGCAUCGCUAACGACCGCUGCUAUCUACAGAAGUACUAUGACUUUAACUCUGUCAGCUAUGACCUGACAGAGUGUGACAGCGACUGCCGCGUUGACCACGUGUGUGCAGCCCGAGAGGUAGACUUUGAAAGCUAUGAAGGCUGUGUGGUAAAAGAAGGGGCAGCUGCCAUUUAUGGGGGGUUACUGUCGGUCCUCUCAGUGGCUGUAAGUCUGCUAUUAGCAAAUCACUGAUGAUUUUCUUUUUUCUUUUGAAGGUUAUUAUUGAAGCAUCAUGGAGACUAUGGGAAGAUACACUUAAAUUCAUAAUAAAGAACAUUAAAAGAGCAUUUUUAAUUGUAAUGUUUAAAUCACGACAUAUAUGGUGAAGUGAGUCAUGUACUUGAGUUAGGAGGAAGCAACCUUUGCCUCCAGAAAUCUGUAGUGUGGCCUCUUCCCCUUGGUUUACGGGAAGUGAUUGAAUAUUAGCUCAAGACGCUAAAGUACAUUCAAAAGUGAUAUUCUGCUUUAAAUCUGGACUUUUUUUUGUUCCCCUAACCAGAGUUUAGUAUAAACAGUUAUUUAUUGCCUUAUUAGCAUAAUCACAACAGUCAAUCUGUUGAUACAUAUCCUCAACACCGACUCAUGUUCAUGUAACUUAGAAACAAUUCAACCUGUCACUAAAUAUCUCAGACAAAGCUGAAUUAUCUGGGUUCUGUAACGCUUUCUGUUAUCUUGUAAAACUAUAUGAAAAUGUAAUGAGCUUCAACUGUCAGUAAAUAAAAUCAUGCUUACUGGACUUUGA